UGCACGCACGCCGUUGCUGGGCCCAGCCGCCGAGAUUCCAGCGCUGCGUGAGAGGCACGGCAGGCAGGCAGGCCGUCGGUGCAGGGGGCAUCGCAGCACCGCUGGCUGGCGCACAGCGGCUGACACCGCGAAGGAGGCUCUGGCGGCGUGCACGCCGCGGCGCGCUGCCCGACCGGCGGCUUCGAGUCCAGGCUCGCGCUCGCCUCCAGCGGUUCAGCGAUCCGCCUUCUAUCUCGUCUGUCACCGCCUCGCCUCGCCCUCUUGCCCCGCACCACCACCUCGCUCGCACCGUCGUUGCUUUGGCACCCUCUCGCCUCCGCCUCAGCCUCGCCGCCGCACGGCGCAUAUCCUACCCCUCUAGAAGCUGGCAGCUCGACGCUCUGGCCUCCACCCUCGACCCUCGAGCCCUCUCCUCGCGACGGCCGGCCGUCUCGCCCUCUCUCUGCCUCUUCUCUCUCUCCGCCAUGGCCUCCUCUCUCGCCUCCUCUUCGCGCGCCGCCAUGCCUGCCGCCGCCGCAGCGCCGGCACCCGUCGUGCGCCACGGCUUCGUCAUCCCCUCGAUCCGCCUCACGCCGCCCGACUCGCGCCCGGCAAAGUCGCCCGAGUGUCCCGAGCAGGACCUCAGCAACACGACGCUCUACGUGCCGCUGCGCACCGAGGAGAUUGGCUGGGAGGAGGGCGGCGUCAUCUGGGGUGGCAAGCGGCCCGUCUAUGCUUAUCCCACCGUCAACCUCUACGGAGGCGACGAUGACCACGUCAUCGGCACGUACCGCGGCGGACCCAAGGGCUACUCCUUCUUCACCAUCACGGACCCCAACUUCAGCGCCGAGUCCUCGUCGGACGACUGCGAGGAGAUUGCACCGCCGCCGCGCAAGGCGCACGAUGAGCCGCGGCCGCGGCGCGAGACGAGCGACGAGAUCGAGUCGGACCGUGGCAGCAGCAGCAGCAGCAGCAGCAGUCGUGGGCGAUCAAGCUCGAGGGCAUCGGACAGCGCAUCGAGCGCGUCGAGCAGCAGCACGAGCAGCGAGGCCGCACUGCCAAAGACGCCCCUCCCACUCGCGCCGAUCUCCACCGAGGCACUGCCAAAGGCGCCCAUCACCGAUGCGAUCUGCACCUCGAGUCCCACGAACCUCAACGAGGGCAGCAUCGACGAGGCGCUCUCGUCAGCCCCUGCUUCAGUCUGCUGCUCCACACCCGGCUCGUCCGCUGCUUCUUCGCGUCGCGGCAGCUCCUCAUCGGACACGGACAGCGGCGCAGACACGGGCGCCACGACACCCGCUUCGCCUCCAUGCGACGCUGCGGUGGACAAGACGAUCGCGGACCUCGGCGCGCAGCUCGAGACGCGUCUCUCUGCCCUCUCUCGCGCCGACGUCGACGACGAAGAGUCGUCGAGGCCACGCAAGACGAUGAAGCUCGCCGGCCGCGUUGGCGGAGGUGAUCUCGAGGAGAGCAGCACGGCGCCGCUGAAGGACGCAGCGAGGCUCAGUGCCAGCUUCGAGCUGGACGCCUCGGCACCAGGCGCGCAAAGGACGUGGCCGGCCGGGCGAGGCACUUCGCGCCAGACGGCAGCGACGAGCGCCUUCUCGGGUGGCUCCGAGUAUGAGGCCAACUUCGUCUAGCUCCGCCUCUCGUCGCUGUUCCUCUUCCGUCCGUGUCGAUCCAGCUCUCCGCGCCUCCGCGUCUCAAGACUCUGCUCCUCCAUCCACUCUGCGUCAUCGUCCACAAAGCCAAACAACCGUCACCUAGAAAUUACCCCUCCUUCUCGUUGCCCCGUCGUCUCGUGCCUCGCGUUCCGCCAGUCUGCUCCUCUCCUCCUCGCGAUCGCGGCACUAGACUAGACCAGCCUAGACGCAUGCCUAGACCCUAGCCAGACCUUGCCUCCGCUUCCAUCGUCGCUCAUCACUUUAGCCCUGUCCAUGCCUCUCUACACUCAUCAAUUACUCAACUCCAGCGCAGCGAAUACACCACAUCGCAUUGCUCAGCCAUCCUCAUCCUCACACACCUCGCCCACAUCAUCUGUAGCUCACCACUAUCGUUUCGGCGCCUCGUCCAAUCUACCAGUCUCGGCGA